GGCAGAAGAUCAUGAGAUGCUUACGCUACAUAGCAUUCAUUAGUCGGAGAGAGAAGAAGAAAAUAGCUAAUCACAACGCGGUGGUUCCGUUUUUUGACGCGUAUCUCUCUGAUUCGUCUCCAUCCUAUAUAAUCUUUGAUCCGUCUCCAUACUAACUAGAAAAGAGGAAGACGGUUGCUUUUCAGAUUUUUUCCCCAAUCAAUCUCUGGUUUUCUGAAUUGAAGUUGGUCCUGAAGCAAUGGGAGGUGGCAACGGCAAUGAUCAUGACUCUACCGACAAAGGCCUGUUUUCGCACCUAGGUGCGUUCGCAGCUGGCUCGCAUUACCCUCAGCAUGGAGGAGGGUAUCCUCCACAAGGGUACCCACCACAGGGGUAUCCUCAGUAUCCUCCUCCACAUGGCUAUCCACAGCCACCCCACGGAGGCUAUCCUCCCCACGGAGGGUACCCUCCAGCAGGCUACCCUCCCCCCGGCGGAUACCCUCCUCCUCACGGUGGCUAUCCUUCGCACGGAGGACAUGGUGGUUACCCUCCUGCUGGUUAUCCUGGUCACUCCAGUCAUUCCGGGCAUGGUGGCGGAAUGGGAGGAUUGCUAGCAGGAGGAGCGGCUGCUGCAGCUGCUGCAUAUGGAGCUCAUCAUAUUGCUCAUAGCUCUCAUGGAUAUGGAGGGUAUGGUCAUGGAUACGGAGGGUAUGGUCAUCAUGGCAAGUUCAAGCAUGGCAAGUUCAAGCACGGGAAGUUUGGCAAGCAUGGGAUGUUUGGAAAGCACAAGGGUGGGAAGCACUUCAAGAGGUGGAAGUAAAGAAAUUCAUAUAAUACUUUGCCCCCCACAUUAAGAAUUCAGACGAUUUCGUUUCACCUCGUAUUACUGAUCAGUGUGGCUUUUAUAGUUAUAUCUAACUGCCUUAAGAUUCAUGGUCUGUAAGACUGUAACUUUCUUAUCAUGUCUUCGUGGGGUUUGUGCUUGUGAUUUUAGCCAGAGGUGUGUAUCAAAGAUUCUGAAAUGCUUGGGUUUGUAUACAGGGUUUUCUGUGUAAGAACGUGUUGUUCCCUGGCUCACUAAAUAAGAUCUUGCUAAAUUCAGUUGCAU